AUGUACAUUGAACGUAAACAAAAAAAAGAUGGCAGCGCCCUGCAGAAGGAUGGCAGGUCGGUCUCUCCUACAGUUUCUUUCUUCUUUCAGCCGGACAUCGGUCAAUAACUCUGGGUUCCGUCAGAUCUCCAGCACGUCCGUAUGUCGGCGGUCCUGGCAGGCUCAACAUGUGGAGGAAAGUGCUUCUUCUCCGUGGACCCUUAUGGCGGCCGUGUGUCUGCAGAGACUUCCGGUCAUCUCUGCAGAGAGCAGCCCCAUAGAGCAGCAGUUCAGAGACAUGAUGAGCCAGAUGGAGCAGGAGAAGAGCAUGCUUUCGGACCACGAGCUGCGGCUGCUGGACGACGCUGACCGGAUAAGGAGGAUGCAGACGGGCGAGUACGACUCUGAUGAAGAGGACGACCGGCGGGACCAGGAGAUCGUGUUGGCCCAGGACCUGGAGGACUCCUGGGAUCAGAAACUCAAGAACUUCCAGCCGGCACCCAGGGUCACCGCUGCAGACGGAGACCCCCGCUCUCUGCAGCGCCGCCUCGCAGACUCUCUGCUGCUGCUGGUGGAGCAGCCGGUGGGGGGGCAGAAGGUCUGGCUGUUGCCUCAGACUCAGUGGCAGCAAGGAGAGACGCUGAGGGAGACGGCAGAGAGAGCCCUCACCUCCCUGCCAGCAGCAGCUGGUUUCAAGGCGAUGUUCUUGGGAAACACCCCAUGCGGAGUCUACAAGUACAAACUGCCCAAAGCGGCCCGGACGGAGAGCUCGGUGGGGACGAAGGUGUUCUUCUUCAAAGCCGUCCUGGCAGACGCCGGCCCCCCCGCCGCCCCAGACUCCCCUCUGAUGUGGGUGACGAAGAGCGAGCUGCAGCACCACCUGAAGCCGGCGUACAUGAUGAAGGUCGAGCGCUUCCUGCUCGGCCUGUGAACACAAACACAGAGAGGGACAAUAUUUAUGGCGGGGGGAGAUCUGUCGGCUUGUUCCAAACGUCUUUCAAUAGAUGUGAUGUAUUGUAUAAAUAAAUUCCUUUUUCAAACAAACUGAACUUUAAGUUAGCCUCUAAUGUCUAAUCAUCUUAAAAUGUGUCCUAAAUCAAGAACUAGAAAAUUGGGCUUCAGAGGUUUUGGGAAAAUAGGCUCAAAGUUUCUUUAGUUGCCACAAUUUUAGCAAAGAAUGAGGGAUGAUGGUGUGGGCUUUAUUGCUGAUAUACCAUCUCGUCGUUUUUCAGAUUUUUAUUUGCGUCUGUAGAUUUUCACUACAUUUAAUGUAAAAUAUAAUAAAACGUUUAAAUUAA